CAAGGAGCAGUUCCCUGGCAAGCAAACAAGCUGACGGUGUUUAGAAACUCCCUUAGAGACAUGGUCCUUUGUUUUAUUUCUCACCCCACAUGACAAAGAGGAAGAAUUUAGGUGGAACAGAUUGUAAACGGGGGAAAACAUACCAUGGUCUUCCUUCAGUUGGCAUCCUGAGGACGUGAAGGACGGGGUUGUAAAGGCAAUGAAGAGCACGUUCCUUCUCUUCAUUUUGCUGGGAGUAGUAUCCGGAAGAAGAACCCCAUUGCUUAGGGGCUUACCUGCAACAAGGACCGUUGAAGAAAAUGCACCAGCCGGUGUCUCCAUUUAUACCUUCAAUGUAACUGGUUCUCCAUUGUCUUCUGGAGUUGUUGCAAUACAUCCUACCAUAGUUAAUUCGAACCCACUUACGGAAGCAUUUGCUAUUGUAUCCGCAGGAGAUCUUGUGUACAGGGUUGUUACCACUGGAAACCCUAUCCUAGAUUAUGAAACUAUGCCAAAGCGCUUUGAUUUACAGAUUUUUGUUGAAGAUAGUGCUGGGAGAACUGACCUCAACACACUGACUGUCCAAGUAGCAGAUAAGAAUGAACGUCCUGUAUUUCGGGGAAAUAUGGCAAUUCAAACUGUAAGGAUCUAUGUCUUGGAAGGAAUGCCUCCUGGACUCAUCUACAGAGUCAAUGCAACCGAUCCUGAAAAUGGUGAACUCAAAUAUUCACCGCUCCCUGAAUCAGAGCCAUUCUGGGUCUUGGAAAAUGGAGACAUUUUUUCAAAAAAAAAAAUAGAUUAUGAGAAGGAUCCACACUGCUAUUUUUUAAAUAUAACAGUGACAGAUCCAGAAGGACUAAACUCUACUAAAACAGUGAAUAUAAAUAUAAUUAACAUCGAUGAUGAAAGUCCUUACUUUACCACAAAACAAAGGAUCUACAGGAUUCCAGAGGAACAAAGCCCAGGAACUGUUGUUGCCAAUAUAACAGCUAAAGAUCCUGAUGAUGAAGACUCUCCUAGCAGACUUUUCUACAGCAUCCAGUCUUCUGACACAUAUUUCUCCAUAAAUCCAUCAACUGGAAUACUGCAGGUGACUGGGAGAAUCGACCGCGAUGUCCUUCCCCUGCAGCUCUAUCCCAACAUCUCCGUGAUAGUCCGGGUGGAGGACAGUCCUCGUGGGGGGCACUUCAGUGAAAUGGAGAUCACAAUCAUCAUUGGAGAUAUCAAUGACAACCCACCAGAAUGCAAUCCCUCCACCUUCAGGAAAGAAAUAAAUGAAAAUUCUACUGCUGGGAUAGUUCUUCUUGAUCUCAGAAACUACUGUAAAGAUAUUGAUGUUGACCCACCAAACAAUCUAUUUAGUUUCACUGGAUUAUCAGGUUUUGGAAGCAACAACUUCGCUCUGGAGUCUACUGAGUCUGGAAGACUUGUGAUGACUGAAAGUAUUGACUUAGAAAACCCAUCUAAUCCAGGAGUUGAAGUGUAUUCUUUGACUGUCAGGGUACAAGAUAUUGCCUCUCCUAACUACUCAAAUACCAUUUACAUUUAUAUCAGGAUAAAGCCAGUGAAUGAAUUUUUUCCAGUCUUCAGUAGUCUAUCAUAUGAAUUUAAUGUUCCAGAAAUUACUAAAGUUGGAUCCAGUAUUGGAAAAGUGACUGCCAGAGACGCAGACUGGCCACGCAGUGUCAUCACUUAUUCCAUUGUAGCUGGAGGAGGGACCAAGGAUUACACAAAUGCAUUCUGGAUCAGCCCAAUUAAUGGAGAUGUGAAGAUUUUAGCUAAAUUAGACUACGAAACGACUCAGAAACACUUUUUCACAGUACAAGCCUCAGACCAAGAGAAGACUGCAACAGCAUCUGUAACUGUCAAUGUUUUGGAAGUAAAUGAUGAAGAACCGGUUUGUUCACCCAAUUUCUAUUCAUUUCAAAUCCCAGUCAGUUUAGCAGUUGGGACCAAUGUCAAUGGCUUCAGGAUUCAGUGCCAAGAUCGUGAUUCUGAUCCCAGGUCUUUCCGUUACUUCAUUAAAGAAGGCAAUGUGAACAAUCAUUUUACCUUUUCCCCAAUGUCUGGCUCCAACACAUCUCGGCUGAUUCUUGCAUCUCCCUUUGACUAUGAGAGUGGACUUGAUACGAAAUGGAUUUACAGACUGCGUGUCUGCAUAACAGAUGACAAUUUACUAUCUGCCGAGAACAAAGUUACACACCUAGUUAAAACUGGAACAGUGACUUUAAGCAUCAGAGUUAUCCCAAACCCAACAACUGUGACUACCACGACGCCCAGCUUUACAGUGGUGAUGAAGAGGGAGAACCUCUACUUGGACUCGGCGUGGUAUGUGCCAUUUGUCACCACGCUGGGCAGCCUGCUGCUCCUGGGGCUGCUGGGAUAUCUCGGGGCCUUCCUAGCCAGGUGGCUCUGCACCCACUGUUCGCCUGCGCCCCGAGCCGACGGCACACCUCUGAUAAAUGCUCCAGAAAAGAAGAAGCCUAAGAAAGAAUUGGCUUUGAAAAUGGUAAAACUCAACACUGUCUUUGAUGGAGAAGCCAGAGACCCAGUCACCGGCAAAAUGUACGAAUUCAAUACCCAAUCGGGGGCUCGGAGGUGGAAGAAGAGCAAUGAGCCCCUUCAGCCCACUGCAGCCGUGCACGUAACAUCAAGUGCCACAGGCAAUGGUGACCAGGAGACAGACAGAGCAGAGGUGCCAAGUAAAAAAGAAACUGCAGAGAAGAGAAAAGAGCCAAAAGCAGCUACCAGGCACUCAGCUGGGCCAUCCCAAGCACCAGGCCAGGAUGGGACAGAGGUACCGAAGCAGAAAGAGGAGCCUGAGGACAGGGAGUUACCAUCAGGAGCCCAACAGCGCAGACACUGACCUCUUCUCCCCAAAUGAAUGCUGCAUUUGGUUACACCAGGCCUAAAGCUUUCUGCGUGUCUCAGCUGCAGAACAUCAGGUGCUCUCUGUUGUGGAGCUAAGGGCAGGAUGAAGCUGGGAUUAACACUGGCAUGUGUGGGUAAGACUGGGAGAGAAGGGAAGGAAAGUGACAGGGCAGUGACUGUGAUCUGGGAGUAUGCAACCCCUGCUUUUCCAUGUGCAGAGACAGUCUCUGGAGGUGGGAGAGGUUGCUUACUGAGAAAGGGAGGAUGUGAAAGAGUGAGAAAAAGAACAUAAAGCACCAAAAUUGACAGAAGCAUCUGCUGCCCCCUGGGCUGUAGCCCCUGGCAGCUUCCUUCUGGAAGAGCUUCGUGCCCCCAGACCAACAUGGCCAUGUCCCUGGAUCACUUUCAGGGAGGGCAACGUGCACAUGGACGCAGUGAACAGGGCCAGGAGUGCAGCUGCAUGGAGAACCAAGCGUGAGGUUGGCUUGCUUCUCCUGUCCCUGCUGAGUCUGAAAAGCAGAAUGGGCGAAAAGUAGAUCAGAGUUGAAAAGUCUACUAGUAACAGCUAGAAAUAUUUUCAUUCGGUAUUUUAUUUCAUCCUUCCCUCUCAUCCAGCCUUGCCGUAGAAAAGAACAUAGCUUGAAAGCAGUUUUGGAGUGGAGACAACCCACAUCUUGUCAUGGCAACUCAGGGCCUUGUGUCAACAUUUUCAGCUUAUUUCUCUUUUGUACCAUGAGCAGCAUUCAAUAUCUUCACCUUUGGUAUUUCCUCUGGCACAUUCAGUGUUUUACAGAAUCAAAUGGAGCACACUUAAAAGAAUAAUUACAGCAAGCACAUGUGGUGAAAUAAUCUUUUCCAAGCGUGAGCAUGUAUAAUGUAAGCGCUGUCUAGGAACCUGAUAUAAAACAAGCAAAUCCUGCAAGAUUUCGGAAAAUUAUUUUAAUCGGAAGAAAAUUAAUUAUAAAUGAUUACUUAAUUCUCA